CACUCAACGGGGCACUGGCUGCAGCAACUCAGGGAUCACCAGUGGCUGCAGCAAGUGCAGGAUGAUAGCGAGCAGUCAACAAGUUCACUCAAGGAAGCAGUGGCUGCAGCAACUCAGGGAUCACCACUCUCAAACCCCUCCUUUCCUGCCCUCUCUUCUACCUUGCUCUACUCCCUUUCAGCACCACAAGGGCAAGACCUUCUAUCCAGCACCAGAAGGUGCCAGCGGUGGUUGGCAGGGGAACCAGCAGCAGUGGUGGCAGCGGUGGUUGCACCAUCAAUGGCCACUACAGUGGUUGCAGCUGCAGCAAUGGAGGGGUGA